AUGUCCCGAUUGUGGAUCUUGUUGUGCGUAAUUCUUUUGGUCUCCCAGUGGCCCAUGUUGGAGGCCAGAGGAGGAGGCGGUGGAGGAGGACGUGGAGGCGGAUUCGGAGGAGGACGUGGAGGAUUCGGCGGAAGAGGUCCAGGAUUCGGUGGACCAGGCCGAGGAGGAGGCUUUAGGGGAGGACCCCCCGGCGGUUUUCGUGGUGGGCGCCCAUAUGGAUACGGAUAUGGUAGAUAUGGCGGAUACGCUGGAUAUGGCGGAUACGCGGGAUAUGUCGGAUACGGAGGUGUUGUUCCCGUGCCUGUUCCUUAUCCGGCGACCUAUAACCGUUGCUACUACGAUAAUUACUACUACAAUUACUACUACUGCUGA